AUGCCUGCCUCUCCCGCCCUCUUCCCGGAGGCCUCGGAGAUGGCCGAGAAGAGGAAGGAGGCGGCGUGCAGACUCGUCCCCACCCCCUCCGGGGACCCAGCCCGGGGAGCUGGAAGGCCCGCGGCGCGCGGCGGCGCGGGCGGAACCGCGGGGCAGCAGCGCCCCCUGCAGGUGCCGGGCGCCUCCGCGACCCGACUCUUAAGGUGGAACCCGCCGGGUCCCCCAACCCGCGCGCGGCCCGCGCGGCCCCGCUGCCCCGAGCGGCCGGAGUCCGCUGAUCCCUGCGGCUAUUUCCUGGAUCCCUCGGCCCCACUACUGCAGGACGUCGUCCGCGGACGCCCCGCUAGCGACUUCGACAGUCGAGACUGA